AUGUCGCGCCACCAGGCAGUUCGCAAUCUCGACUAUGAUGAGGCUCUCGAUGAGUACGAAGGCGAUGACUUUGAGGAGAACGAGGCCGAUCAGCUCAGCCCCGAGGAUCGCGAGGCUAUGAACGUAGGGACCGCAACCGUGCAAAGCGCACUCGGCCCUGACGCCGACAAAGUGACUGCGCAGCAGAUUCAGGAUGCCCUGUGGUACUACUACUACGAUAUCGAUAAGACGGUGUCUUACUUGCAGAAGAAGUUUAUUGCACCACCGCCAGCCCCAAAGCAGGAGCCGAAGAAGGCCAAGGAUGAUGGUUUUGGUCUUGGGGGCAUCAAUGGCGAGGUUGGGGAAUACGACACAGCAUCUACUUCAGAGUACCCCAUUCAGAGGGUGGUCUCUCUAUCUCCGGCCUCAUUUUUCCAUGGCAUUUCUUGGAUGAACGUACCCAGCAACCGACAGGCUGUUUUCGUCCCACCCCGUCCUCUCCCAGGCGGCCUCCUUGGUGGCGGUGAGGGUCCCAAGCUUUCCAAACUGCAGGCUCUGGCCGCAGCACGGAAGAAAAAGACCGCGGACGCGAAGAAGCCAGACGACAAAGUUGAUCGAGCGGAGAAGAGAAUGUCAGCUUUAGCUAUCGAUGAGCCCUCGAAGGAGAACCAGAGAUCCGGCUCGAGCAUCCUCGCUAAACGACAGAAGCUGGCAGAAGACUCUGCCUCGGGAUCUCAAUCUUCAACACCUGUCUCGCCGCCGCAACAAGAAGGCAAAUCUGUCCCAAACCCAGUCGACAUGGAUGUUGACCAGUCUCAUGUGCCAUCUGCUGGAACCGGGGAGCAGGACGAGGAUGACUGUUUCGUGGUGCCAUCAACAAGACCAUCUGCCUUUGCUCAGACACUCUUUGGACCUGCUCAGGAUACUGCUGCCACCUCUCAAACGUACACAAUACCGUACAUGGAAUCGUCCACUUUUGUUCCCAGUGCUUUCACCCAGCCGAGCCCUGAUGACAUCGUACUCGCUGCUCAAGCGAAAGCGGGCACCAAGUUCGACGCUGCUGCUGCUAAGAGCGCCACCAAGAAAGUCGUCACCAAACCUACAGGCUCCCAGACGCCCACUGGCGAGAUGAAGCAGCUACAACUCGACGACUCGGCAGCACCCAAGAACAAGAAGCUGGAUGUUCUUAAGGAGUUUGAGAAGAGCGAGAACAAGAGAAGUGCCAGCUUCGUGGUAGUCGGCCACGUCGAUGCUGGAAAGAGUACCCUGAUGGGUAGGCUGCUGUUGGAGUUGAAAUAUGUCGAGCAACAUCUCAUCGACCGUUACCGACGACAGGGCGAGAAGAUUGGAAAGUCAUCAUUUGCCCUCGCAUGGGUGAUGGACCAACGGGAAGAGGAGCGCGAGCGAGGUGUAACUAUUGACAUCGCCACGAAUCAGUUCGAAACCGACAAGACGCGUUUUACGAUCCUUGACGCCCCAGGCCACAGAGACUUUGUACCCAACAUGAUUGCGGGAGCCAGCCAGGCAGACUUCGCUAUCCUCGUCAUUGACGCCAACACGGGAGCUUUCGAGAAGGGUCUAAAAGGCCAGACCAGAGAGCAUGCUCUUCUAUUGAGAAGUUUGGGCGUGCAAAGAGUCAUCGUCGCUGUCAACAAGCUUGACAUGGUCGGUUGGUCAAAGGAUCGGUUUGAUGAGAUCUCGGAGCAGGUCACCGGGUUCAUGAAGGGCAACGGAUUCCAGCUCAAGAACGUCACUUUUGUGCCCAUAUCUGGACUCAGCGGUGCGAACCUGGUGCAGCGGCCGGAUGAUGAAGGUCUUUCAUGGUACACUGGCCCGACAUUGAUCGAGGCUCUGGAAGACUCUGAUCCGAUGACAAGAGCGCUCGAAAAGCCUUUCCGGAUGUCGAUUUCGGAAAUCUACAGGACGCAGCAGAGUCAACUCACUGUGGCUGGCCGGAUAGAGUCUGGCACGGUACAGACUGGAGAGCCGUUGAUCGUUCAGCCCAGCGGAGAGUCGGCCUCAAUACGAUCGAUCGAAGUGGAUUGCGAGGUGCAAGAGUGGGCUGUCGCGGGGCAGAAUGUCAACAUUGGCUUGUACGGCAUCGACCCGAUUCAUGUGCGCGUGGGCGACAUCAUCAGCACCAAGGCGGCGCCUAUCGAGACGAGUGAUACCCUGACGAUGAAGGUACUGGCUUUCGACCACUUGAUGCCGAUGCCUGUGGACCUUCACCGCGGUCGUUUGCAUGCGGCCGGCCGGGUCGAGGCCAUCCCAGCCGUUUUGGACAAGUUGACGGGGGCGACAUUGAAGAAGAAUCCUAAGAUCGUGCAGCCGGGCAAGGUCGCGCGAGUCGUCGUCAAGUUGGAGUCCAAGGUGCCGUUGGAGGCGGGGCAGCGGGUAGUGCUAAGAAGUGGCGGAGAGACAAUCGCUGCAGGGCUGUUGGAGUAA